UAAGGCAGUGACUGUGGCACCUUGUUACCUGAGGUAAUUAACAAGCAAACGCUUGUCAUAUCUGAUUUUACGAUACUGGCACUCCAUAUCUUGGGUGUAUUUCAGCACCCGUAGUUCCAGAGUGCUUGCACAAACAAACGUUAGGUGUUGGCCAAGUUUAAUUCUGAUUAAUCAAAGGCCUCAAAAGCACAUAUCUCCACAUCACGGUUGCUUAAUGGAGCUGAUACCACAUCACAUGUUAAGAAAUGUGGUGAUCAGAGUGGACAAACACACCUAAAGGGAGUGUACUAAGGUCUGCUUGUUAUUCAUUAUGCCGUAUCACCGUUACUAGUUUGCACAAAGUCACACUCUGUAACUGUGUUUGUUCGUUGCUCGGCCGAACCACUGAUUUGUCUUUUGCUGUUUCUUGGAUGUUUUUUUUGUACCACUUCAAAAUAAGUGUACCUCGUCAUGGAUUCUUGGAGUUCUUGGACUCUUGAGUGUCAGUUUUAAGAUAAAUUGAUGCUGACAAGAAGUAGUGGGAGAUUUAGAGGUAAAGUCUGGGCGGAUGCCAAGAGUGGCCACACCUCCCGACUAUGGCCAAGAGUGGAUUCUUGUGGCCGGUCAAUAUCAGAGAGCCACUGUGGAGGAGAGGUUGCCCGCUGAACGCAUUCCCAUAGUCUAUUUCCCAGACAGGGGACAUGAUAGACUGAGAGGAAGACCUUUUUUCUUAAGCUCUCCAGUUUUUAAAAUCUACCUCCUGCAACUUUAAAGACAGACUUCUAAAGACUCACAGGCCAACAGAAGCCAAUCUUUGCCGAACUCAUGGAUUGGAAAUUCCUCCAGGGUCUUCUUAGCGGAGUCAACAAGUACUCCACUGCCUUCGGACGCAUCUGGCUAUCAGUGGUGUUUGUCUUCCGGGUGUUGGUCUUCGUGGUGGCUGCCGAACGGGUCUGGAGUGAUGACCAGGGACACUUUGACUGCAACACCCGCCAACCAGGUUGCACCAACAUCUGCUAUGAUUACUUCUUCCCCAUCUCCCACAUCCGUCUCUGGGCUCUCCAGCUCAUCUUUGUCACCUGCCCUUCCUUCAUGGUGGUGCUGCAUGUAGCCUACCGGGAAGAACGGGAACGCAAGUACCGAGCCAAGCACGGCGAGAACACUCGGCUGUACGACAACCCGGGCCAAAAGCAUGGCGGUCUGUGGUGGACUUACCUAAUUAGCCUCUUCAUCAAGACCACCUUUGAGAUCACUUUUCUCUACGUGCUUCACUACAUUUACGAAAGCUUCAAACUGCCCAGGAAGGUCCAGUGUGAUGUCAGUCCCUGUCCGAAUUUGGUGGACUGCUACAUAUCCCGGCCCACUGAGAAGACCAUUUUCACCUACUUCAUGGUGGGAGCAUCCGUCGUGUGCGUGGUGCUCAACAUCUGUGAGAUUUUCUAUCUGAUCACUGCCCGCAUGGUGAACCUCAAACAACGAGGCAGCAUUCAGACUUCAUCUAGAAAGGUCCACCCUAAUAGGGACUGUGAUGGCUGCAAGUCAUCUCUUACAUCAUAGCUGGAAACCAAGUAUAAACAAAUGUUUGACUUACAAUAUGUGAUCCUUUUUCCCCAUUGAGGAUAUUUUCAUUUAAAGAGUAAUUUUAUCUAUAAUUUUAUAUGUAAUAUAAAUAUAUUGUAUUUUGACACAAACGAUCCGAUGCUCUGCGCCAGAAGAAGGCUGAAUCAUUUGAGCUGCUGUACAUCAUGAACUAAUCAAUCAUUAAAUGAAGAAUUGAAGGAUUGCUUGAAUUUGUGACCACUGUCAUUUUGGCAAUAAUGUGCCACAUAUUCAUACAUAUUAAACUGAUCACCUGCGUAUCAUUCAGGAUAUUUUUUGUAAUUGGGUACUUUGUCAAAUGUGUGUUCGGCGUAGACAUCUUCAGUGAACCUACAACGAGCAGGGCAGAUAUAAAUGGGUGCAGUAGACUAAAGUGAACCAAUAAAGAUGUAGCUGGUGGAUGCAACUUGUUUAGAAUAAAUCUGAAAAACCACAAUGUGACGUUCCAAAAUGUCUUGGGUACAAAAUGAUCCACGUGGGAGUUAUUAUUUGUAGUAUACCCAAACCAACCAAAGCUGACAUUGUUUGUUUCUUGUACUGCCUAAAAUGGUGUCAAAGUACUGAAAUUUGAGUUAUUUUUGCUUUCAACUAAAUAA